CGGCCAAUGGCACACUGCUUAAGAGAGGGGCUUUAAUUGUUCCUCCCUCAAACCCCGGUAUCAGUCCCCCGGUCCCCAAACAGCGCUGGCACACCCAGCCAGCCAACCACAGUCUCAAGCCUUAUCCCACAGCAGCCGAAUUGGAUGAUCCCUACGCGUGUGCCGAGAACAGGGGGCCCGCGAGGCCCACCGACCAAUACCGCAAUUUUAGGGCGCCGCUCUGCUCGUGAAACCCUUCGGCCUGUGACGUCACACGCUCUAGCAUGGCUUCAAAUUACCCUCGGAAGAGCAUUAAAUAGUCAUUAGUCCCCCCUCCCGAGGCCUGGAGGCGGCCACCCGGGAAGUUUGUCGGCCCCCGAGCGGCCGGCUGAGCCUCGGGCGGCCACGGGGCCGCACCAUAGCCGCCCCUUUUGAAAUUUUAUGCCGGAUAGACUAUCAAAAAUCGAUGCCAAAGUUGAUAUCUCUGGUGCAUUGUCAGAGGCUGUCAUUGAGAUGGACCAAUGGCACGCCUCGUUAGCGCGUGACGUAACGCGGCCGGCCAAUCGCGGCUCGGCCGUGCAGCAAAGAAGGAAACCCCUGUAGCUGAUAGGCAUGUUUUCAUGACGGAAAUGAAACCAGGCUUGUGAGAGGGAAGUGCUCGGAAAGUGAAAGGAACUAAAAACCAGGUCUAAGAGUCUCAUUUGAACCGCUCUUCUCCUUCAUCUACAUGGGUUAGACUACGGAACACGCCACUGAGUGCAGUUUUUACCAAGAAACGUGUUCAGAUUUUGCGCCGGCCCACGUAGGACUCCGUUGAUGCUGCGAACUGAAGCUGUUUUCCACAGGGCACUAGCUGCGAAUGCCGGCCGCCACAACUAUACUGUGGCUGGCCGGCAUUAGCUCUUAUACCGUCAGUUCAGAAGCACGAUUUAUGCUCUCAAGUGUUGACCACUGUACCAAAACAAAGGACCUGAUGAAAGACUGGCAAGGACAAAUUCUUAGCCCAGUUGUCGGGACCUGAAAUGGAUGAUGGUGGACAGCGAUUACUGGACGUGAUUAACUCAUGUCUUGACAGUGACCCAUCAGCACUGGAGUCGUUCCUCGGCUUGCAACCGCCCAGCGGCGGCGCUGGAAGUGGCUCCGCAAUGUCUGCGCCAGCUCAGGGCCAUGCGCUGGCCGCCGACCAGGCCAUCCGCGGAAAUAUCAGCAUGCUGCAGGCGGACGGCCACCACGACCUGGACACCAGCAGCCUUGUCGAGUCCUUGAUGCUCGACUCAAAUCCUCUGCUGCAGUCAAACCUGCUCGAGGCGCAGCUGUCGCACGCAGCACCCUCCGCCUCCUUUGCCAUUCAACAGGCGAUUCAGCAGCAGCAGCAGCAACAACAACAAGUUCUACAGCAACAGCAGCAGCAGCAACAACAACAGCAGCAGCACGGCGUGAUAAAAAUUGAGGCUCAGCCGCAAGUUCAUCAGCAACAAGCGCAGCAGCAAGUGCAGAUCCACACAAGCUUGCACCAGCCUACAACCGGCGGCGGCCACCAGCAAAUGGUUGUCAGCAGCGCUGGUGGAACGCAGUUCAUCAUCACGCAGGCAGGCUUCCAGUCGCCACCCCCGGCUGGGGGUGGAGGCGGACAGCAGCUAUUCGCGGCGCCAUCGGACCAGUUUCCGCCAAUCAGGUCCCCAGGGCCGCACGCGCCGCCGACGCCAUCGCCGAGCCCUGGCUUGCUGCUGCGUUCUCCUGCGGCCAGCCAGCAACAGGCGUCGCCGCAGCCGUCACUUGCCUCGCCUGGCCCAUUCCACCUGCACGCAGCGCCGCAGAAAUCUCCGGCGGCGCCUACGCUCACGCCCGUUCCCUCCCCGUCACCAAAUGUGACGCCCCCGGCGGCCGCGGCGGCAACAGCGGCCAGUCUGCUGCAGCACCCGUCGUUGCAGGCGGCUGGCGUGCAGCAGCUGCUCGCGCACAACAACCAGCUUGUACAGAUCAUCCAAUCCGGCGGCCGGAUCACCACAGUCGCGCAGCAGCAGGUGGUCAUGCGGCCCAAGCAGCCGCAGCUACUGCCCAAGCCGGCCAACGGCGUCGCCGCUACUGCCAACACCCCCGCCCUUGUCAAGCAGACGCCCCAGCAACAGCAGCCUCAGGCCGCUGUUGCCGCCCCAAGGCCAGCGGCCGCUAGUCAGCCCCAGCAGAUCCCGCCUCAAACGCCGCCCCCGCAGCCGGCCGCUGUGCCUGCCACGGCUGCCCAGCAGAUUCUCAUGAACCCCAUGCUGUCGCAGCAACUGUUGUUGAAUCAGGUGAUACCCUCCCUGGGGCAGGGCCCCGUUAUCCUGCAGCAGCCCGGUACCGGGAUGCAGUUCAUAAUCCGGCCUCAGCAGUCGCCGUCCCCAACGGCGUCACCGCUCUUGAACAAGAACGCAGUUGUGAUACCCGGCCAGCAGGCGGGCCAGACAGUGCUGAUACAGCACCCUGCCGCCGCUGCCCUCCAGCAGCAGCAACAGCAGCAGCGGACAGCCCAGAUGCAGCAGCCUGUGCUGCGGCUUGUGCAGACCAGCAGCGGACAGAUGCAAUUGCAGCAAAUUCAGACGUCCAACGGGCCUGCCCUCAUUGCCCUUCCCUCUCCCAUGCUCAGUUUCCAGCACCAGAUCAGAGGCCAGCAGCCGCAAGUGGUCAUGUCCCAACCUAGGACUUUUUCUGAGUUGAGCUUUUUUUCUCAACCUCAGCAGGUUAUGUCUCAGCAGCAGCAACUGCUCAAUACCAUCCUUGCUCAACAACAACAACAGCAACAGCAGCAGCAGGCGGUACAGCAGCAGCCUCAGGUUGUCGAGAGGAGGUUGAGCACGGACUCUACUCUGUCACUGGGAACUAUCCUAUCUCCACCCACGAUGCCGUCACAAACUCCUUCACCGGCUCCUGCAACACCGCAAGUCGUCAUCAAGCAAGAGCCGCUCCAGGUGAAUCAGAUGCAACAGCAAACGCAAAUGCAGCAACAACAGCAGCAAUUGCUGCACCAGUCGCCGAAGAAAAAAUCAAAGCCAAAGAAAAAGAAAAAGAGCAAGGAUGAGGAGAUGGGCCAGCAGGUGGAGAGCAAGCUAAACCUGGCAGAUAUCAUGAAGUCUGCUGGGAUUGGCGAUGACGACGACGGCAUGAUGGAGGAGCAGCCGGAGGUGCAGCAGCCGCAACCCAGUCAGCCGACCACGCAGGCCCAGGUGGCGCAGCCGCAGCAGACUGCGGCUGUGCAAUCGCCACUGCUAACGCAGCUGCAGAACAACUCCAUGGCCGCACUCAACGCCCAGCAGCAAUUGCAGCAGCAGCUGAACCAGCAAAUCCAACAGCUCAACCACGCCCAGCAGCAGCAGCAACAACAACAACAACAACAACAACAACAGCAACAACAACAACAACAGCAGCAGCAGCAACAACAGGCGGCUGCAGCGGCUGCGGCUGCUCAGGUGCAGCAGCAGCAGGUGCCACCUGGACAGGUCAGGAUCUCGCUGACUGAAGACGGCCGUGUAAUAAUUCACAGAGACGGCAGUAUGAUAACCAUUCCCCCUCAGCCGGGCGGUCCAGCUGCUGGUCUAGCUGCGGCCCAGGUGAUAUUGCAGAGCUUGCAGGCGGGCAUGUCGUCACAAACAGUGGCCACGCCGCACCCAUCGCUCACCCAAUUGUUGCAAAACAAUGCCGCCCAGCAAGCUCUGAACCAGCAACUCCAAGCUGCUCAAGCUCAGCGGCAGCAGACGCAAGUUGUAAUGCUCCAGCAAGCAAAUAAUCAGGCUGUGGUUCAAACGCCAACCUCGGUUGCUCAGCCGGCAGCGCCAGCUCAGCCGCAGCAGUUGGCAGCCGCGAGCGCGGAACUGGCUCCAAACGUGUUGAUCAGCCAGCCGGCGGCGGCAGCGGCGGCGGCCAAGCCGGUCAGCAUGCCACCUAUUGCUCAAGCCGCCGGCUCACAGGCAGACAAAAUCCCAGAAGCGCUGCUGCAGACGCUGCGCAAUGCCAACAUCGACCCCAACUCGCAGGCCGCGGCCGUCAUCAUGCAGGUCGUGGCUACGGGCACGCCCUUCGCCUUCCAGUCUGGCGAUCAGAUCGUGCUGACCCAGCAAGGUGCUCAGCUCUACCAGCUGCUGCAGCAGCAACAACUGCAGCAAAUGCAGCAACAGCAGCAGCAGCAGGUGCUCAUCAGCUUAGAUGCUCUUCAACAGCAGCAGCAGCAACAACAACAACAACAACAACAACAACAACAGCAGCAGCAGCAGCAAUCCCAAGUAUCGCCGCCAAAGACAAUUCCCGGUCUGACGGUUGCUGCUGGCGGAACUGUAAUCGUCGGAGCAGACGGCUUUCCCAAGCCCAACCUGAUGAUAAACGCAGCCGCGAAGGCGACCACUGUGAUCAGACGAGCCUCCACGGAGAGCAUCCAACACACGUGCAACAGGCACGUGGAUAACGCGCAGACAACGCCCACUACUGUGCAACAUCAACAGGCUCCUCCGCCUGAGAACAAAAUCAGAACAACCAUUACGUGCCAGCCGAAACCAAGUGCCGCUAAAAAGAAAAAAAUACAGCCACAGGCUGUCAUCAAAAUUGAAAGCAAGCCAGAACCACCCAAAAUCCAGACGUCUCCAACAGUGAAAGUCGAGACAAAAAUCUUGCCCCAACCCAGCGCUGAAGCUGUGCCGCACCCACUGAUCUCGAAUGGUCCCAGCAGCGUCUCGAAAAUGCUACCCAAUUCUCCAUCAAACAACGUGGUCACGUCCACCUCGGACUCGACCGCGCCAGCACCAGCCCCCAAUCAGCAGAGCAGCGAGCCUGCCCCGUCCGCCUCGUUGACCAAACAGUCGUCUGCGACGCAGCAACAGCAGAUACCGUCUACCAUCAUGCAGCACAAGGUGCAGACCAUCCAGCUCACGCCUCAAAAGCAACAGCAAUUGAAGCAGGUCCAGCAGCAAAUGCAAGCGUUAAUGAAAAAGCAGCCGAGGAGUUCCCAUGACACCAGCAUGUUGCAGAAACUCACGAUGGAUCAGAACAAAAUACUUUCCUCUGGCAAGCUGGUGCCAACCAUUCCGGGCCAACACGCUCAAGGACUGCAGAUUCCAUCUUCUGCAGUAGGCGAGCUAGAAGCAAUUAUUGACGAGUCUGCUCUCGCAGAAGCAGCACCCCAACAGCUUGCUUACCUUGCCAAUCUGUUAAAGCAGCCUGUAAAUAGCAGCAAUCAAACCUCAGUUCGUUACUACCACCAAGUGGGUAACCAGAUCAUCGCCCUGACCAAAAACUCGCACCAACAGCAAGCAGCAACGUCUGUGACAGCUGCAGGCCAGCCCCGGCCCGCAAUGCCGGUGGCAUCAGCGACGCCGUCUGCUGCAACGCCGACGACAUCAAGCAUUACGCCGGCCACUAAGGCGAGCGGCACCGCAAUCUCGGUGACUUCAGCGGCCACAACACUGGCCUCCGCGCCGACCGUCGUCUACCUCAACUCGAGCAUGGACAAGGGCCUCAGCACGGCAAUUCCUACCCAAAUUAAAGCAAUACAGGUCCAUCAGACCACAAACGCUGUUCAGACGCCUACUAGUAGUAAUAUCGCCAUAAUCCAAACUCCGCUUCAAAUUAAACCAGCCGUAGCCACAGUUCCGGCUGGACCAGCAUCGCCAAACAAAGCCCAAAAACGACCUGCGUCCACUCCUAUCAAGGCAGGAUUCAACAAAGUGGCAUUGAUUGAGCAGCAGCUAGCCAAGGAUCAAGAGGGUGCCGUGAACGCGGACACAAAGACGCCAUUCAAGAACAAGGCGGACGCGGUGAAGCGACUCAUGCGCUACCACGUGCUGCAGGAAAAGGUGCUGAGCCACAAGGACCUGGAGAAGGCCGACGACUUCUUUGAGGCCACCUCGCAGCACCUGCUGGACAAGUUUGACCAGAUGAUUCACAAGUACCAGUACCUGUGCCUGAUGGAGAGCCAGCGAGAGGUGGCCACCUCAGAGUUGAUGAUGAUCGACCGCAUGUUCCUCGCUGAUGAGCAAGUCUCACUGAAAGAACUAAAGGAACAGGCUGCCGCCGCCGCAUCGGCUGCAAAGGAAGCAGAAGCGGCAGCUGAGUCUAUCCAGGUGAAGCAGGAGCCGUUGGUGCAGAGCAAGUCGGUGAUGCCGCUCUUGCUGGGCAACGGGUCGGCGGUGCCGACGCCAACCAACAGUGAAGUGAAAGAGUUACGGAUAGUGGUGCAGGAGGUGGCGGCGGCGCCACCGCGUGGUGAGGUGAAGCGCGAGGUGAAGCUGGAGCAGAGCUACGACGAGUUUGAGGCGAUCCAGCGCGAGCUCAAUAACUACGCCAAGGACACAAACGGUGCCGACUCGACCGACCUGAGCGACCCGAGCGCCGCCGAGCUUGCACUCGACGACGACGAGCUUAACGCGCAGGUGCAGAGUGCCAUCGACUCGAUCCUAAACCUGCAGCGCAGCGACGAGCUCAACCGGCCAGCCGGCGCGGCCAUAGCCGCCCGUCGACCUGUAAGUAAUGGCGAGGCUGACCACCUCAAUCCACGCCACCUAGCCGGUCUGCUUGGCGAGGAGGACGACGACAUUGUCGGCCCGGUCGGCGACACUGCCCUCGACGAGGCUGUCCGCAGCAUUUUGACUUCCUGACAGUAGCCCUGUCGAGUUUCGCCACUCGACUCUCGAUAUUUUCUGAGUCUCGAUGCGCUCUGCUGAAGCAAACGGCCAUUUUUUCCCUUUCUGACUUGAACACUAAACCUACACGAGUUCUAGGCAGGUGUUCUAUUUGCAGUCUUGUUAAAUCAUGAACGUGUUAGGGCCUGUGCAAUUUUUUGCUCCACCUUUAUCUAUUUUUUUAUUCAUUAAAUUAAAGAAAUUUUUCUCAAAAGUUUGAAACCCAGCUCCCAGAUGCAAGUCUUUGUCACUGUUCCAGAUUCAGACCUCAAAAUCUUGACAAUUAGUCACCUGUUCAAGGUAGCAACGAUAUUAAAGCUUUUUGCGAUGAUUCCUUGAGCUUGGAACUUUCUCCAAUUAUUUACAAUUUAAGGGAACUCCCGCUCCAUAAAAAUUAUUUUCAGUUCUGGUAUUGGAAUUAAAUUUGCAUAAUAAAUUUAUUAAUUUAAAUUUAAUCAAACAUGAAACGUAAUCAAAUUCCACGUUGGUCGCUGGAUUUAUUCUGGCCUAGAACUAAAUUUAAAAGAUUGUCAUCUUCAAACGCUUUAACAAUCAUUCGAGUCUUUUUCCGUGCGUUGAAUCCAAGCGAAAGUGUCACAAACUUGCACCUAUUGAUGGUUUCAAACGUUAAACCCGUUUUAUUUUUGCAAUAUUUUUCAGUUGUGGACUGGGUGGUUUAAAAUUUUAAACCUUUUUUUCAUAAUGUUUUGAUCAAACAAAAUAUUUUUGAACCCUGACAGUCUGACCCACACACGCGCGCGUGGCGGUUCAGACAGAGCCAUCGAAUCGAGAGCGACAUUCCAUCGGACUGAAAAUUCGAGGCCGGUCCUCAAAUCAAUCGACUACAGUGUCUGGAUAGAUUUAAGACUGUGAUUAAACUAAGCAUUUAUCGGUUGAGACGCGAACCAAGUGCCGGACGAUUCGUUUCGCCGGACCACCAAGUGAGAGUGAGUUUCCGAAUGAAAACCCCCACCCCCUGAUCAUAAUAUAUUUUGCAUCCGAAACCUGUCGGGCAACUCGGAUUAAGUACAAAACGCGAAACUGAGACUUUGUUCGAAUGAAUCUUGGCAAUUGAUCCCCCGUCUUCGGAAUUUGUUGGAAAUGAAUGUUUUGUUUUGCAGCAGUUUUUGUGUGCUUGCAUAUCUCUCAAUGUAAUGAAGAGUGAGAACCACUGCUGAAAUCUGUCUUGCACUGUUAUACGUAAGCGAACAAACUCUCCUCAUGACAGCCCCAAUUUUCUAUGUACGCGUACGGCAGCAAAGUGAGUACUUUCUUAUUUGCAAAGUCAAGGUGCCAACGACUUUUGUUCUACAAUACUUUUUAUUGCUAACCAUUCACGGUGCUUUUAUUGCUAGUUGGACGCGAAACCAAACCACACGCAAUUCCUACGAUUGGUUUGACUGUCCACACACACACACUCACGUGUAAAUCGAUAUUUUUGUACUUAACGAAGCAAAAUCAAUCGAGGCUCGACUUCUUGCCGCUCAUUUGUUGUUACUUUUUUAUAGCGAGACAAUGUUCCCGAACGAACCGGAAAAAGACGGCAUCUUCACGUUUCAGGAAAAUCACAAACUGGAAAAAGUCAACACCAUUUGUAUUGGUUAUGUUUUUUUCUCAUUCAUAUGGAGGGGCAGUGCACUUGUAAAUACCUGUAUCGAGAGCUGCGCGGUAGCCAGUCCCCUGUCAAAGACUGACUCACAAAACAAAAGCGAUUUAUGUAUUUAUCAAACGAACAGCUGACAAAACCAACAUUAAAGGAUUGAAAGAAUGAAAGCAGUGCGUUCCUAAAGCAAAUCUUCUCUAAUAAAACAAAUGAAAAAUACGA